AUGUCGGAUCCCAUUGAAAUAGAUGAUUCUGAUCACUCUGAUGUCCACAUUGCGACUAAGGUGGAGUCCGAAGAUGUUGACUUGCACCUUGUCCGUAGUCAUAUUGAGAAGAAAAAGAAGAGUGCCUCUCAUAUCCGUCUAACAAAAAAGGAACCCUCUCCCAAUUAUUCGCCCACUGCUAUGAAACAGUAUUUAGCAAAGAAGGCAUCACAACGAGCAAUAAGCACUAAUGGCAAGACCAAAACAUUUCAGACUGACGAUGAAAUGACGGAAGUCUUUGAUGGAAUUCUCAAGGAAUUUAACGAUGAGAAGGGCAAAUGGCUCUUGAACUAUCCUGGGAAGGUCCUUACAAUUGAACUUGUCCAAUUUACAUUUCUAAAUGGAUCUGAUAUACGGCCGGAGUUCAUGUUAGGCUCGCUUCAAGUUUUUUGGCAUGCCCAUACAGUAAAGAAAGGUGUAUACAUCAAGCAAACUGACAUCUCAGAUGAAAUGGUGUCUCUGAAGAUGCUUGUUCCUUAUGCUUAUGUGGCAGGAUCAGAUGAGCAAGAUUCUGAUCCCGAGCUUCCACUCAGUGAGCCAAAAAUUAAUACAAAAGGGAAGGCUAAAGCUACCACAAGCCGGGGUAUCAAACACGAGGUUGAUGAAGAUGUGCCGAGGUUCAAGAAGUCCAUUUCCCACUCCAAAAAAAUAAAGGUUGAGCCAAAUGAAGAAAUAAAUACACUAGAUAAAGCUGGUCAAGAGAAGAUAGAAAAUUCUGAUGCUGUUUGGAAUUUGUCACAGCCAACGACUUUACGCUUUAGGCUUAGUCGAUCUAUAAGCUUCACCCGAGAAAUAUUGAAGAAUGGUGAGGAGUUUGAGCAGUUGCCAAAAAUACUCACCAGCAGCAUAACCUGCAUGACGGAGCACACAGAAGAAUGGCGACGGACAUUCAAGUUGAAGGUUGCAGACAAAAUUUAUUAUGCACACCUUCUCAAUGGUGGCAGUGCUCGAUUUGAUGUGAAAUCGGAAUUAGACUUGGCCCGUACUGAGCUACUUCGACAACAUUUCCUUCGCACCGUAGUUAACUCAUAUAUGAAUAGCCAGUCACAGUCUGGUACAGUUUGCACAGUUCCAGAGAACUUUCUUGCUAUUGUUAAAACAAAAUCUGGGGAGAUAACCAAUAUCUAUGUGUGUCAAGCAAUAUUCCCCUCAAGGGAUAGCAUAGUGUCUUCUUCCAUACUCACUGAUUCCAUCACUCACCAUUCAUUUGUGGAAAGUAAUGGUGAAAAAGUCAUUUCAAACAUCCGUAUCUAUGUGGAUCCUUCCAAUAAUGAUCAUCUUUUUGCAUGGGCAUUGACUCAUAGGGACUCAAGUUCUGGUGUUGGUGAUUGCGGUGUCACUGGUAUCCAAUUCUGUAUUGAUGAUCAUGAAUGUGGCAACAAUUGCAAUCACCUACCACCAUUCAGUCUCGAUGCAGCAAAAUUAGACUGA